AUGGAGGCGGAGCCGCGGCCGACGACGGGGCCCGGCGACCGGGCGACCCCUGGGCUGGAGGCGACGCCUCCCGCUGCCCCGGCCCCCGCCGCGGCCGCCCCCUCGGGUCAGAUCCCCGGGUCCACGUUCGGACCCGAGCCCAAGAGGAGGCAGUUCGGGACGCUGCUCCAGCCCGCGGUCAACAAGUUCUCCCUUCGCGUGUUCGGCAGCCACAAAGCUGUGGAAAUCGAGCAGGAGCGGGUCAAGUCCGCGGGGGCCUGGAUCAUCCACCCCUACAGCGACUUCCGGUUUUACUGGGACCUGGUCAUGCUCCUGCUGAUGGUGGGGAACCUCAUUGUGCUGCCCGUGGGCAUCACCUUCUUCAAGGAGGAGAACUCCCCGCCAUGGAUCGCCUUCAAUGUCCUCUCCGACACCUUUUUCCUGCUGGACCUGGCGCUCAACUUCCGCACGGGCAUUGUGGUGGAGGAAGGCGCCGAGAUCCUGCUGGCCCCGCAGGCCAUCCGCACGCGCUACCUGCGCACCUGGUUCCUGGUGGACCUCAUCUCCUCGAUCCCCGUGGACUACAUCUUCCUGGUGGUGGAGCUGGAGCCACGCCUGGACGCCGAGGUCUACAAAACAGCGCGGGCCCUCCGCAUCGUGCGCUUCACCAAGAUCCUCAGCCUCCUGCGGCUGCUCCGCCUCUCCCGCCUCAUCCGCUACAUACACCAGUGGGAGGAGAUCUUUCACAUGACCUAUGACCUGGCCAGUGCUGUGGUUCGCAUCUUCAACCUCAUCGGGAUGAUGCUGCUGCUCUGUCACUGGGACGGCUGCCUGCAGUUCCUGGUCCCCAUGCUGCAGGACUUCCCUCCUGACUGCUGGGUCUUCAUCAGCCGCAUGGUGAACCACUCGUGGGGCCGCCAGUACUCCCAUGCCCUGUUCAAGGCCAUGAGCCACAUGCUGUGCAUUGGCUACGGGCAGCAGGCACCAGUGGGCAUGCCUGACGUCUGGCUCACCAUGCUCAGCAUGAUUGUGGGCGCCACCUGCUACGCGAUGUUCAUCGGCCACGCCACCGCCCUCAUCCAGUCCCUGGACUCCUCCCGGCGGCAGUACCAGGAGAAGUACAAGCAGGUGGAGCAGUACAUGUCCUUCCACAAGCUGCCGGCUGACAUGCGGCAGCGCAUCCAUGAGUACUAUGAGCACCGCUACCAGGGCAAGAUGUUCGAUGAGGAGAGCAUCCUGGGCGAGCUGAGCGAGCCACUCCGGGAGGAGAUCAUCAACUUCACCUGCAGGGGCCUGGUGGCCCACAUGCCGCUGUUCACCCACGCGGAUCCCAGCUUCGUCACCGCGGUGCUCACCAAGCUGCGCUUCGAGGUCUUCCAGCCGGGGGACCUGGUGGUGCGCGAGGGCUCCGUGGGCAGGAAGAUGUACUUCAUCCAGCACGGGCUGCUCAGCGUGCUGGCCCGCGGCGCCCAGGACACCCGCCUCACCGACGGAUCCUACUUUGGGGAGAUCUGCCUGCUGACGCGGGGCCGGCGCACAGCCAGCGUGCGGGCCGACACCUACUGCCGCCUCUACUCGCUCAGCGUGGACCACUUCAACGCCGUGCUCGAGGAGUUCCCCAUGAUGCGCCGGGCCUUCGAGACCGUGGCCAUGGACCGGCUGUGCCGCAUCGGUAAGAAUUCUGUUCUGCGGAGGAAACGCUCCGGGCCCAGUCCGGGCAGCAGUGGGGGCAUCAUGGAGCAGCACUUGGUGCAACACGACAGGGACAUGGCUCGGGGUGUGCAAGGCCUGGCCCCGGGCACAGGAGCCCGGCUCAGCGGGAAACCGGUGCUGUGGGAGCCACUGGUGCAUGCGCCUCUGCAGGCCGCCGCCGUGACCUCCAGCGUGGCCAUCGCCCUGACUCACCAGCGGCAGCCCCUGCUCCUCUCCCCCGACUCUCCAGCCACCCUCCUUGCUCGCUCGUCAGGCUCCCCAGCCUCCCCGCUGGUGCCUGUUCGAGCUGGCCCUCUGCUGGCCCGGGGGCCGUGGGCAUCCACCUCCCGCCUGCCCGCCCCACCGGCCCGAACCCUCCAAACCAGCCUGUCCCAGGCCGGGCGCUCCCAGGUGUCCCUGCUGGGCCCUCCCCCAGGGGGAGGUGGGCGCCGCCUAGGACCUUGGGGCCGCCCGCUCUCAGCAUCCCAACCCUCCCUGCCUCAGCGGGCGACGGGCGAUGGCUCUCAAGGGCGGAAGGGCUCAGGGAGUGAACGCCUGGCCCCCUCAGGGCUCCUGGCCAAGCCUCCAGGGAUAGCCCAGCUCCCCAGGCCACCAGUGCCUGAGCCAGCCACCCCGAGGGGCCCCCAGCUCUCUGCCAACAUGUGA